AUGGAUUCUAGAUAAUCAAAAGUAAUAGAGAAGAUUGAAAAAGCUGGCUUACUCGAGAAGCAUAACCAGCUAAUUACUUAAGGUUACACUAAUCCUUGGUUUAAUUUUAAACUUUUAAAAGAGUAUAAUGGAAAUCUGGAUUUAGUUAUUGUUGCUUAAAAUGAAAAUAAAAAAAGAAAAGAUAAACAAAAUGCUAAAGCUCUAAAGAUCUUGGAAACUAUGGGUUGGUUAAAUAAACAUUAAGAACUUGUUGAAAAAGGAUUUGUUUAACCUAAAAAAAAUUUAAAAGCAUUACUUGGAACUGAAGGAGAUUUAACUAAAAGCAUAGAAUAAUUAAGUAAAAAGAAACCCUUUUAGACUGAUUAACCAAUAGAAUAAAUUAUAGAGUAACAUGGUUUCAAAGUUUAAUAUGAUAAAUUGAAAGAAAUGGGAUAUGAAAAUUAAAAGAGAAUUGUUAGAUUGUUAUUUAAAUUCAAUGGAAAUUUAGAAUCUAUAGUUGAUAAGUUAUUGAAUGGUAAAAUGGGCAAAAAUAAGCAUUGUAAGAAAAUAGAAGGAAAAUGUCAAAAAGACAAAACAUCUUAAGAAUUCUUGGAAUUUAAAUAGAAAAAGAAAGAAUUCAAAAAGAAACUUGAAUAAUUAGAAUAAAAUGGAAUUCAUCGUCAUAAAGCAGUGAAACUUUUAGCUAUUUUGAAUGGAGAUACUGAUGCUGUAAUCAAAUGGUUCAAUUAAAUUAAGCCAUAAGCCAAAGCUGAAGAAUAAACUUUGUAAGAAAAAUAAACUCUUGCAUAAGAAUGAGUUU